CCCUCGGGGGCAGCAGAGUCACUGUUUACAGCAGACAGCAGCUGGAUGCACGAGCUCUUCUCUGCUGGGAGCGUGGAGCUGAAAGCAGAGAGAGAGACAGCGAGGAGGUCGCUGUGGGAGUUUGUUUUUUAAAGAAAAGUGACAGAAAACUCGCAGGCAAACUAAACCACAUCGUGUCGUCUUCAUGGUGGCUGACCAGAGACUCUGAGGAGACUAGCAGGAUGUCCACAGAGGUUGAGUGCAGUCUGGUCGGAUCGGCUGGUUUGACAGCGGCCAGCUCCGAGGAGAAGAACCAAAACAAGAUCGAGGCAGAGGCUCAGGAGGAGCAGCAUGGAGAAAAGCAGACGGAGAAGCAGCUAGACGACCACAGCAGCACCGAGGCUGACACGCACAAGAAAUGCAAAGAAAACGACAAAGAAAAUGACCAAAGCAGCACCGCUGACUCGGCUGUGGAGGCGGUGAAGAGCAAAGUUGUGGAAGCUCCGCCGCCGAAAGUCAACCCGUGGACUAAGAGGACAACGGGCAGGGUCCCGAGCAAUAACAUCAACAACUCCCAGGAGAAAGAUCAACAAAACGCUCUGAAAGUGGUCCGUCCCAGCAAGCCCAGAACGAGAAAAUCCAGCAAGUCGGGUGACUUCAGCGACAUCACAAACUGGCCCACUCCUGGUGAACUGGCCAAAGAGCAACAACAAAAUGUGCUCAACAACGGGAAGAAGUCUCCCGCCACACGCAAGGGGGAGAAGGAGACAAAGUCGGAGAGCGGCCAUGACGGUGGGGAGAGUAAAGAGAACCAGGAGGCUCAGCCCGACGCGCUCGCUGAGCUGCCCAAAGACGCAGAGUCCAAAGUGGGACCGGACGCCAAGAGCAGCAGCCUGAAGAAGAGAGGAGGGGAAGGUAACAAACGUAAGUGGGUGUCUCUGCCGCUGGAGGACGCGUCCCGGGACGACGGCGAGAAGACGUCCGGCGGCGACACGGAGACCGACUCCGCCGACCCCACAUCGCCCAAUCACACACUCCAUAAUAACAAGGCGCAUGAUAGCAACAGGAGUUGGAGAAGAGAGCCGCGGGACUUUGCGGACGAUGCUUCCAGCGUGCGGAGCGACAGCGGCAGCGUCCGUGGAGGAGUACGAGGACGAGGGAAAGGUCGUGGGCGUGGGAGAGGACGUGGAAGUGGAAGAGGCCGUUAUGAAUACUCUCAGAGUGCCCGGGACACGCUGUCGUCCGACGGCUCGGUCCAGGUCUCCUCAGAGUUCGGCUCCAGCAUGGUUUACUACUACGACGACGGCAACAAGGUCCAGAUGUACCCAGUGGACCAAAAGCUUCUUAAAGAUUACAUCAAACGCCAAAUGUGAGUAGAUGACGAAUACAGUAAACAA